GCUGGCAGUUUGUUUUGGUUUCUGGACCGCUUUGGACGUGUGUGUCUGUCUGUCUAUCGAUGAGUGUCUAGCUAGUUGGUGCUGGCUGGUGGACGACGACGAGCGCGCGCGACGUGUACAAGCGGAUACGUGUGUUGUUGUUGUUGUGUCUAGUUUGUGUGGCGGCGGCGUUGGUGAACGUGCUUGCGGCGCUGAAGAAAGAGCGUGUGCAACAAGUCACACAAAAAAAGAAUGCUAAGAACUGAAAUCAACAAGUAAUACAGAAUUUAAUUACUAAAACAAAAACAAAAACAAAAAACAAUAAAAGUUUUAAAAUUAAGUAUAAAAAAAGAAAAAUAAAAAAGUAUACGUGAAAUCGUGACGUCACAGGCGCGCUAGUCGAAACAAAAACCUGGCGAUUAGCAAAAUAAAAAUUUUUCGUACACAAAAACACAUUCGAACAUUCGGCGAAACGCUAAUUACUGCCAUAUCACCUCUGUGUGGAAUUAUUAAAAUUUUCGUUGCUCGCCGCCAACCGACACGGGCGUGUGUGAGUGAGUGUGUGUGAAGACACCGCGAAUUGCAUUUAAACAACGUUGAUUACUAAUUAUUAUUUCGACAAUGUUUAACGUGUCUAACUUGAAAUCGCAACUUUUGUCUGCAUUGUUGUUGCUGCUGUUGCCGUUCUUCAUGAGCGUACGCCCGCUUGCGGCAGCGACACCCACCUACCCCUGCUCAUACGCGCAAACCGUCAACAUAAGUGAAGGUCUGCGUCUCAAAGAUGGCUCUUAUUCGUAUGCUGGCCUCCUCAUACCGGCGAAUAUGACGGCACAGUACAACUUUCAGGUGAUCGAUGGCAUACUCUCGAAUGCGCCGCCACAUACACGCGGCUGCGCUUGCCUCCAGCGGCCUUGCAUCACCUUCUGCUGCCCGCCCGGUCAGGUGUUCGACGAAUACAAGCACACUUGCCUGCCACAUGCGUCGGCGCUGAGCGCUCAACAGCAGAGCGCGCAGUAUGCGCACAUCGAAGUGACUAAUGCCAAUGGCAGCGUUAAGGUGGUGAAUAUCAGCGAUUUGUUUGUGAUGCGCUUCGAAGCGGGCUGCAGUCGCAAGUAUAUAGAUAAAAGCGAGGCGCAGUUCUGGAAGUGGGACCUAUUUGCGAAUGGCUCACUCUCCAGUUUGGGUCGCAUUUGGGACACUGAUCAAUACUGCCUAACGCCGUUGGAGCACAAGAAAGUCUGGAGCUUGGUGCCGCUCACAUGCCAACGUUCGGAACAUGGAUUUCGUCUAUGGAUUUAUGCGAUAUGUCUCUUUAUUGCCAUACUGAUUUAUGCCUUCAUACUGCUCACUUUGGUCUCGAUUAAGGCGGUGCGCAAUGGUGGUUAUGGUGAAUCGCUCAUUUUCCAUCUAGCCUCCACAAUUAUUGGACUCUCAGCGCUAACAUAUCUGGCUUUCCGUUCACGCUUGGAACUCUCAGAAACCGCAUGUCGUAAUAUUGGUUUUAUUGCUUAUGUCUUCCUUAUGUUCUCAUUUUUCCUGCUGGCCGUCAUAAGCUGGAAUUUCUGGCACAACUUCAAGACGCGACGCUUGAGCAGCUGGAAGCGCAAGCUAAUCUAUAUGUUUGCCUUCGGUUUGGCGGUAGGUUUGCGAUUCCUGCUGAAAUUCAUACAAGACUCCGAUAUUUAUCAGCCGUUGAAGCCCGGUAUUGGCGAUGCUUUUUGUUGGUUUGAUGUACGCUUGUGGGGCAUUCUUUUGUACUUCUACGUACCGAUAUUGGCUUGUUUGGCUUUCAGCAUGUUGCUUUAUCUAAAAACCUAUUUAAUCAUUUGGAAUUUACCCGAAGACGUCAUAAAUGUGGCCGGUUAUGAUAUUAAGCUGAUAAAAGCGCAUUUCUAUGCCUUCUUUGGUUAUAUACUGGGCGUCUCAUGUGUCUGGCUGCGUGAACUCUUUGUCUAUCUGACAUUCCGUUGGCGUAGACAAUACUAUAUAAUCGACUUUAUAACGGGAGUUUGUAUAUUCGGCUUGUCUGUAGCGGGACUAAUAUUUUUCUUAUACAAAAACCCGUUGGUGCGCGCCUGGUGGCAUGUCAAUGUGACAUUUUACUUGCCUUACAGGACGGAGGAGGAGAAACCGGAAAACGGCGUCUACUUAACGCAAAUUCAUCACACCGAACAAGAGCGAACGGAUAAACUGAGAGAGGGCUACAAGCAUGAGAUCAAGGAGGAAGAUCUAGCCUUGAAAUGAAUCAUGUCAACAAUCAUGUAUAAAGAACAACGUUUUGACUGAAGUGCGCUUAGUAAUCUUGUGAAAUUAAUGCGAAUUCAUAACUUAAAUUGAAAAUCUAUUUUUUAUGUUUAGAAAAAAUUAUAGAAAAAUAAUUUAUCAUAUUAUAAUGUACCUAAGCCAAUACUUAAUAUCAAACAAAUGUUGGAGGGAUUUUCACUAAAUAAGUACAUAUUAUAAAUACACAGCAAGAAAUGUCAAUUAUAUUUUCUAAAUUUAAUAUACAAAUAAUGCCUCGAAAAUUUUGUAUAUUUUACAAUAUUGCAA